CGCCGCGCAGCAAGUUUGGCUCGCUGAGCCCGCGGCGCGCUGUGCGGCGCGAACCCGCGGUCGCUAGGGAAAGCGCAGUCGGAAAGUUGUCGGCGGCGGGGUCCUGCGCGCCCUGCUGUGUAACCUCGGCGGGACAGGGAAGUUGCUGGUCCUCCGGCCAGCCCGGUUCGGUCGCGGCCCCGGGCUGAUUUCAUGGCCCGCGGCGCACGCGGGGCCGGAGCCGGCGUGGGCGAGCCCCCGCGCGCCCCCUCCCGCAGGGUUCCCCGGCGCCCGCUCCAGUCGGCUCGCCCGCCUUUCCGAUGCUCGCUGCGCCCCUCGCCGCCGCCGCCGCCGCCCUCCUGCCGCCGCUUGCCCCUUGGAGCCGCCGCCUAAGUCGGGGAGGAGAGAAUGACCGAGGUGCUGUGGCCGGCGGUCCCCAACGGGACGGACGCUGCCUUCCUGGCCGGCCCGGACUCGCCCUGGGGGAACAGCACAGUGGCCUCCACCGCCGCCGUCGCCGCCCCGUUCAAAUGCGCGCUGACCAAGACAGGCUUCCAGUUCUAUUACCUGCCAGCCGUCUACAUCUUGGUGUUCAUUGUCGGCUUCCUGGGCAACAGCGUGGCAAUAUGGAUGUUCGUCUUCCACAUGAAGCCAUGGAGCGGCAUCUCCGUGUACAUGUUCAACUUGGCCCUGGCCGACUUCUUGUACGUGCUGACUUUGCCGGCGCUCAUCUUCUACUACUUCAAUAAGACCGACUGGAUCUUCGGGGAUGCCAUGUGCAAGCUGCAGAGGUUCAUCUUCCACGUGAACCUCUAUGGCAGCAUCUUGUUCCUGACCUGCAUUAGCGCGCACCGGUACAGCGGCGUGGUGUACCCGCUCAAGUCUCUGGGCAGGCUUAAGAAGAAGAACGCGGUGUAUAUCAGCGUGCUGGUGUGGCUCAUCGUGGUGGUGGGGAUAUCUCCCAUCCUCUUCUACUCCGGUACCGGGAUCCGGAAAAACAAAACCAUCACCUGCUAUGACACCACCUCAGACGAGUACCUGAGAAGUUAUUUCAUCUACAGCAUGUGCACGACUGUGGCCAUGUUCUGUGUCCCCUUGGUGCUGAUUUUGGUCUGUUACGGAUUAAUUGUGAGAGCUUUGAUUUACAAAGACCUGGACAAUUCGCCUCUGAGGAGGAAAUCCAUUUACCUGGUGAUUAUUGUACUGACUGUUUUUGCCGUGUCCUACAUCCCUUUCCACGUGAUGAAAACAAUGAAUUUGAGGGCCCGGCUGGAUUUUCAGACCCCAGAAAUGUGUGCUUUCAAUGACAGAGUUUAUGCCACUUAUCAGGUGACAAGAGGUCUAGCAAGUCUCAACAGUUGCGUGGACCCCAUUCUCUAUUUCUUGGCAGGAGAUACUUUCAGAAGGAGACUCUCCCGAGCCACCAGGAAAGCUUCCAGAAGAAGUGAGGCAAAUUUGCAGUCCAAGAGUGAAGACAUGACCCUCAAUAUUUUAUCCGAGUUCAAGCAGAAUGGAGAUACAAGCUUGUGAAGAUGCAGGAAUCCCCAAACACCCACUUUUGUAACAUGGUCUGAGGAUGCCCAGCCUGGUUUACAGUAUGUGUUAAGUACAUUGUUUCAGCUUCCAGAGAACUUUCUUUUGGAGUGUGGCUCCAGUGUGGAGGUGAACAGUAACUAGAAAUGCCCUUUGACUUCUUGGCAUGCUUUUUUCAGAGUGUUUCUUCUUUAGUUUUAUAUAUCACGUGGUAGACAAUGAUGACAUGCAGAUGCCUGCCUACUAGUGACAAGAAUGAUCUCUCCAACCCCUUCCAGGCACAAACUGGUCUCUGGGACGAGUCUGCUAAUGAUGAAAACAUACAGAGGGUCAAGAUAAAGGGGUUAUCUAUUGGCUGAAGAGCUGAUUCAUGACAUAUUAUGAUAAGAGUAGGUAUUUUAAGAGUAAAGGCAGAAAUCUACUGGCAUUUUGAUAAAAGGAAAGCCAAAAUUAUAGAACUCGUCAGUUAACUAAAUUUCACACUACAAAACUGUUUGAAUGCCAAGUUCAAGGCAUCUUAUGGCUCAUCAGUUGGCAUCUUGGACUCUUUGAACAUCAAUGUGUGUUUGCAGAGAUGCUAGAAAGGCAAACCAGGAAGAGAUACAGCCUGAGAGUAGGAUUUGGAGUUAAAAUGGUGACAUUGCCACUCAGCCAGCUGUGGAACUCUUGACCCUAUCAAGACCACUCUCCGUGGAUUAAAAGGGUUGGAUGACAUCCAUCUGUUGGGGCCUUGGGGAUGUGGUAAAGAGCUACAGGCAGCCAGAGAUGCAUGAAAUCUGCUGCUGUAUUUUCCAGGACUGUUCAAUUCCAGUCCUUGGCUGAAAAUUCAUACAGAGCUCACCAGUUGUGAUAUGGAUAUGACCUGUAAGUUUUUUUCAGUCUCCUCAGGACAGUGCACUAUACUGCCUUUGGAUACAAGAGAUGUCAGUGCUUGUAGCAACUGGAAUUGGACUAGUGUCAAUAAAGAUGUGUAACUAGUUAGAGAUACAGUGAAGCUUUAACUUAGCUGGUCAAAUUGUAACUAUCAUAAUAGUAUUUAUUGAUGAAGCUCACAGUCCUUCCAUUGUACAGAUUGAAAAACUUUCUUGAAAGCUUCAACAUACUGAUGUAAAUUAUAUUUAUUACAAUGUAUAAUAUUAAUAUGUCACAUUGAUGUCUUUUACAUAAUAUAUGAUACAGAAAAAAUGUUACUGUAUAUUAUGAUGCUUUCUGAGUAUCAGUAUCUUGAAAUGUUUAAGUCUUCAGAUUUUUUUUAUCUAAAAUAUGAAAAUCUGUUUUGUGAUACAAGUGAUUCAUUUUCGCUAGAAAUGCUUUUGCAUGUUUAUCUUUUUAUUUAGGGUUCUUUCUACAUAGACACAGCUUGGUGUCAAACUACCCUUAAGAGCAAUAGUAAAUACUAAAUAUCUUAGCCAGACUGGGUCUGUAUUGUGUACAUUUUAUAUACUAGUAUAGAAAAGUUUAUAUUGUCUUUUCAAUACAUUUGGAAUUGUGUCACCAAAUACAGUCAGAGCUUCCCAUGUCCAAAUGCAAAAGGGUUGUCCUAAAUUCAAAGUAGAUCGCUCAUGUUUGGAAGUCUGGUGAGAUGGGCAUUACAGAUAAGAAUUUAAGGGAAUACUUUAGGGAGAAUGGGGAGAGAAAAAGGCAGCUGGUGUAAUCAGUUACUGUGCUCAUUUCUGCUUCAAUUUUUAUUUUGUGUUUCUUUCUUAGGGUGAAAUAGUAUAGUCUUAAUUUCUUUGAGAUGGAGUUUCUAAGUAACACACUACCAGCAAGUUCAGCACUGCUAGUGAUUUUAUUGUUUUCUUUUCAUUUGAUAUCUUUAAUUCCAAGUUUUACAGUAAUAACUGUAUAUUAUUUGGCUGCUGAAUCCUGUUACAGUUUUUUUAAUUCUGUUGUACAUUGUAUUAUACACAUCAUUAGAAAUUAAUAUGAAGGGGAAUAUAUGCUACAUAUCAAAAAUUGUGAAUUUGAAUUCUAGUAUGUUUUAGUGCUUUUGCAAAAAAUGUUUAUUUUUAUAAUAUCUGUGAUUUUAAUAUAGAUAAUUGAACUAGAUAUCUUUGUGAUUAAUAGUGCCAUUGAGUGAGAGGUAUGGAAACAGUGUUACUUGACAUUUUGAGCUUUCUCAGGUUUAUCUAAAUCAAUGGUAGCUUAACAGAUUCCAGACUAAUUGUGCAUAAUUGUGUUUUAAAAGGACUGUACAUUUCCUAUAAGUUUGCAUGCAGGAGUGUACAACUUGGAGUGUGUGUGUGUGUGUGUGUGUCCAAGGCAUGGCAGCCAAAUUCAUAUCUGCUGUUGGUAAUAACAGGAGAGCUUUGGUAUAAUCAUGGUCAUUAGAAUUGUACCUACCAUAGACUAUUAAAACUGAAAAAGUCUCAAUAAAACUAUGAAAUGUGGUCUGAUGGCUUCUAUGUUAUUAUAGUACUAAUAUUUACAGGUUUCCCCAAAUUUUGACAUGUACUAUUAUCCUGAAGGGCAAAUAUUAGCAAUACUAUAGGAUGUAUUGAAUUAGUUCAGGCAUCUCUUAACUUGUAGCCUGGACUAUAAAAAGUGAAGUGGUAAAGAAAGAAUCAUGGUGCAAGAUAACUGAUAAGAUCAUCAUUAUUUGAUAUUUAAUUAUUAAUAGGAACUUGACUUAAUUCUUUGAGGAAAAUACAGAACACAAUCUUAAUACAUGUUUCUCAUACUAGUGUUCCGUAUUUAAAAUGUUAGCUGUUAUCUAAUGUGAUGUAAUGCCUCCUCUAAUUUUUAAUCCAUUGGAGGUAGUCAUUCUAAUAAUCUUUUGUGGUUUCUGUUUAUCUAUUAGCCUACAUUGCUUACUUCUCUCAAAUUUACACACACACACACACACACACACACUUUGCUAUGCAGUGAAAAGCUGUACAUGUAAUGGCCACAUGCUUUCUUUCCUUAGUGGAGAAGGUAAGUGCAUAAUGGUCCAUCACUGGAUUUUUUGGUUGUCUGCUGAGACAGGUGCCCUAUCACAGAAUCCUGUGGAUAGAAAAAUGCAAAUCUCUUGCAGCCCCUAAGAUGUUUUAACUCCUUAACUGGCUCUACUAUCCAGACUUCACCAUUCAGGAAUCCUUACUUAUUAAUGUCAGCUUUGGUAGAAUUUUGUGGCUGUGUACGUGUGUGUGUAUGUAUGUGUGUGUAUAGUGCAUAUGUAGAAAUUACAUAGAUAAUUAUCUUUCUGAUUUGAGAAGAAUUUACCAUAAAUCUUUGGGCACCCUGUGAUUUUCAAGGUCACUUUGGGAUUAUAGUCAGAGAAGCUUCUCUCUCCACAAGUAAAUAUACUGUGUUUAAAUUCUCUCUUUUACUUUAGUGAUCUGGGAAGUUUAUAUUUUCUUUUCAGGGGGUUUAGAAUUUUGAUCUAUUUCCGAAUGUAAAAAGCAUGUCCAAAAUUCAAAGUAGAUCUGUUACAAUUUAGAAGUCUGAUGGAUGGGCUUUUAAAGAUACAACAUAUGUCACUAGAAAUCCAUGUAAAUAUUAAUACUGUGCUUACUUCCUUUAACGCUGCAAGGUUAUAUCGCUUUGGGAUAGACCCUGGGAACUAACAUCCCAAGCCAGCAUGGUUUUUGGGACCGAUGAUCCAAACGACAUCUGUGGAUGGAGUCAGGCCCCUAGGCUGAGCAGCUGACAGCACUGGAGUCCCUUAGAAAUGGACUUGGGUAUGGAGUAGGGGGAUGGGAGGCACGUGGGAGCAGUCAGUACUGCACAGAGGGGGAAAAAUGCACUGCCCUUCCUGCUUACCUGAUGAGGGGAGAUCACCUGUGUGAAUGUGCAAACUCCUUGAUGAUAGAUUAAAACAGAAGGUGGCCUUAGAGAUGAUCCAAUCCAGUCACCUCAGUUUGCUCCUGAGUCAAGUUUUCAUGUUAAGGUGGAAGUAGCAAAAAAACUGAAGGUUCUCACUCCUAUUAACACUUUCCUCCCACAUCCUGGGGCUCUUCAAACUGGAUCUUGAUGCAUUGGUGGAUUAGGAAAAGAGUAUAGUCAGUUAUGAUAGGCACGCUUUCACAUAGUGAAACAGAAUAGAUCAGAGUCUGUAGGCAAUGAGUAAGGCUUUGUGAUUUUAACUUCAGAUACACACACACACUCACACAUACAACACGUAUAUUUACAUGCACUUGUGUCCUGGGUCACAGUGGAUAUUUGAUUUCUUACUGAGGACCUUGUCAAAAAUAUUUUAAAAAUGACACUAUUCAGCAAAAGGUAGCAUGGAGUUAUGGAAUAGGGCAUGAGAGAUUGUUUUUCAAAACUAUUUAAAAAUCAACACAAAGAAUCUUAGUUGUUAAUUUGUUACAUGCACUCUCUUUUUUUAAAAUGUUAUUUUCUUCUGAAGAUUUCACUUGGAAUUCCCAAAGAAAUGAUUAAAUCAGCAUUUAGACUACACCUAAGGAUUGUUAUUUGCUGUUACAGAUUUGAAACUCAAAUCAUGUAAACUUUGGCAGUUUAACUCUUCAUACUAUUCUCUCUGGUUUGAACAGUUAACAGCAAAAUAGCAAAUGUCUACUAUGUGUAAGAGCAUUGAUUGACUUUGCAGUCCAAAUGCCUUAGGUUGGAAGCUACCUCUGCCAUUUACUACAUCUGUAUCCUGGGCGAGUUAUUUAAAUCCCCUUGUGUUUUUCUCAGCUAUCAAAUGGGCAUAAAAAUUUGCAGCUCAUAAGAUGUUAGGAGAAUUAAGUGCAAUAAAAUCUGCAAAGCCCCUACCAUAUAAUACACAUUUAACAAAUGGUAGGUAUACCACUCUUGAGACUGCUAAGGUUUUGCCACUCCACAUGCCAUUUUGUUGUUAUUAUUAUUAUUUCUGUUUUUAUUAAUACAAAUGUUAUUUAUAUUAAUAGAGAUAUUAAAAUUUCUGUUUUCUUUCAUGCCAUGGAGGCUUUGUGGUUCUGGAAAUUUACAUCGUGGGAUUGAGAGUGGGUCUCUUAGAAAUUCAUGCUGUGGGAUUGAGUGCAUUUAAAAUUGCUCUUUUCAGAGAAAGACAAAUAUCACAUGAUAUUGCUUGUAUAUGGAAUCUAAAAUAAUGACACAAAUGAACUUUUCUUAUAAAACAGAAAUAGACUCAAAGAGAAAACAAACAUGGUUACCAAAGGGGAAAGAGGGGAAAGGGAUUAAAUUAGGAGUGUAGGAUUAACAGAUAUGCAUUACUAUAUAUAAAAUAGAUAACCAACAAGGACCUCCUGUAUAGCACAGGGAAUUCUAUUCAAUGUAUUGUAAUAACCGAUAAUGGAAAAGAAUCUGAGAAAGAAUAUAUAUAUUUUUUAAUUGUCCUUUUGGACAUUCCAUUGAAUAUCUGAGAUCAAAUAAAAAGCAAGUAUUCAACUUUCUGAUGCUUUGUACUGUGAUAUUCACUGUGCAGGACAAAGAUAUAUAAGGCCAAAUAUGUACAGCUGAAAAUAUAUCUAUAAGAAUAGUCUGCUGACCUGCUUAACUGGGGCUCACCUUCAGGUUCAUGGUCUAUUUUCAGUCACCAGUCCAGAGCCUGGUCUUCGUUUUGCAGAUCUAGAAACUUGAUCUCAACAGUUCACCUAGAGUUCACCAACUCUGGGGCACUGACUCACACCAAGCAAACGGACAAGAGAAUCAUUUACCAACUAGAAUGUCACUUUAUGAGUAUACAACAACUAUAUCUCAGUCACAAUAACAGACAUCUGCCUUUUUGUUUAAUCUAAUUAUUUUUCAGAAAGUUGCCUGCACAGCUUAAAAUAAGAACAAAGAGAGGCAUUCUUGAAAGGGAUUUUCAAUAAGAUAGAAGAGCUAAAAGAAUUGCUUAUCCCUAGAGAUAUUGGUCAUGACAAUCAGCAUUCAUCCUGUAUUUGAAGAAAUUCCACCUGCUUGCAACAGCCUAGCAGCACAUAGGUUGAAAAUUUCACAUCUGCUUAUUUUCUUUUAAAAUCGGUCACCACCAUUAUUACUUCUUUACUCGCAAAUCAUGCUUUAGUAAUGUCUCCCAAUGGUGGUGUGGGAAGAGGGGUGUGGUAAAUAGGAUUGUAGUGCUUGCUAAAUUGCAGAUAGUUAAAAGCCAUCUAGCUGGAAAGGUAGAAUAUUUCAUUACAAAGACCCAUUCUAGCGUUGUAGCAAGAGAGAGAGGUUUGGGAACUGGCCAUGUGCAAAUGAUAGCUGUAACCGAGCAAGUAGGUGAAAUCCCUCAGGGAGCAUGUGUCAGCAGAGAAGAGGAAAAGGGCCAGCAAAGUGGGUGGGCGCGGGGGGGCGGGGAGGUGGAGUUGAACCAUAAGCAACACCAGCAUUGGUGGGAUGGACAGAGAAAAAUACUGAGCAGGAAGAACUGGAGGCACAGAAGAUCCCUGACGGUCUCCUGCAGAAAUCAGUUUUGGAAGAGGAUUUACCCCCAGGGAGGUGUGUUCCUGGGGGUAAAUCCUCUGUGUCCCUUGUUACAGCAAGGGCCAUGAAGAAGUCUGCUGGAUUUAGAAAUUAGAAAGCAUUGGUGUUUCAUUGAGAGCAUUGUCAAACCAUAAAAAUAGCGAUGAUUACCGAUCACCAAGAAGUGGUUUGGUGAUGAUACUGAGGAAAAGAGAUUAGUAGUUUGAGGAGAAGACGGGUUAGAGAUAGAAAAAGAUAUAAAGAGAGAAAUUGCUUGAUAUUGCCAGAGAAAACAAGUUCCUUGGGGAAACUGGAGUAGAUGGAUGACAUCAGCAGGACAAAGGGGAAGGAAUAGCUGUGGUUAUCGGAGUUGAAGGGCAGUAAAGGGUGGCACAGUAGCGGGGAGCUAUAAUUGUGAGGCGAGGACACUGGAUGGGUCAC